UUCCUUUGUGUUUACAAUUUAGUCAAGGGACUUACAACUACCUGUGCAACAGUGGAUGACACUCUUCUGCAAGAUGUUUUGCAGGCUCACGGGAUUUGUGUGCACGACCACGCAGUUGAGUUUCGAGCUGGCGACUCGGCGAUAGCUGCGGUCGCGUGGAUGAUCAUUUUCGGUGAUGGCUUUCAUAACUUCAUCGAUGGUAUUUCGAUUGGUGCGUCGUUUGCGGAGUCGAUGAAUGCCGGACUGUCGGUUUCGCUCGCUGUCCUUGCUGAAGAAUUUCCACAUGAGUUAGGUGAUGUAGCUAUCCUUGUCGCAUCCGGCAUGAAUCUUCGUCAAGCUCUUCUGUACAACCUCCUUAGUGCCGUGACGUGCUAUAUCGGUUUUGCAAUCGGUGUUGGUAUCGGUGAAUUGGGUCCUGAUAUUUCGAAAUACGCGUUUGCUUUGGCUGGUGGAAUGUUCCUGUACAUAUCGCUGGGUUGUAUGAUGCCAGAGAUGAAGAAGGCAAUGGAGGAGGCACUGAAUGUGUCGUUACGUCGCGGCGCGUACGUGCUGUUCCUGCAGUCGGUUGGCUUGUUCACCGGUUUGUUCUUGAUGUACUUCAUGGCAAGAUAUGGCGAGGAUUUCUCCAUUUGA